AAUGCAUUAUAUAUAUAUUUAUAUAAGCCUAAUUUUGCCACUAAUAGUUUCUUCGGAAUAAUCAGUAGUAAGUGAGUCCAUUUAGGCUACUAUGAGUUGUUCGCUCAGUAGCAGGCUACAGUUGCGCGCGCGAUUAUUGACAGUUCAAAUUUAAGCGGCGGUUGGUAAGUGAGGUGAACUGCGGUGACCGAGUGACCAAGUUUAUCGAAGGUUACUAAUUUUCUGGUAUUUACUUUAGUUAAUCAAACAACUGAUAGGCUAUAUUCCAUUAUUAACGAACACCCUUUUGUCAGAGAUAUUGAUUUUGUACAAGUAUGAUGACACAACGCAGUCUCGAGAGCACUAAAGAGGCGGUCAGAGGAACAGAAAUGAAAAGGUCUCAAGCGAAAAUACGUGAGAUUGAAAAUGCACCGUUUUCUGAGACAUCUCCAGCAAAAAAGAAGGCACAGCAUUUCAGAUCAGCAGCUGGAGACAUGCCUCGUGGGUUUGAAGUAGCAUUAGCAGAGGCUAACCGAGAGGUCAGUGUCCUCUUUUCCAAGUACUCCGAGGUCUUGAGGGAAAGAGCUGCUGUGGAUGCUUCACAGCUUGGAGAACUGGAAGAUAUACUUACUGAAGCCAGGAGCUUGGAAUCUCAUCUUAUAGAGAAGAAGGAACACCUGAGACGAUCUUUGGCUUUGAUCUCUGACAAACUACAAGGAUAGGUUCAGUUCUUUUCAGUGGUGUUAUUUGAUUCACAUAAUGCAUCUCAUUUGCUAUACAAGCAUCAGUUAAGACAUUGUUAAAAUGUUGAUUAUACAUGUUCAUAUUAUACUUUAGAAGUUAUAUACUAUAUAACAAUAAUAGAAAAAAGGUGUUAUGCUGAAAUAAAGCUGAUAUGUGGUGACAGUCACAAUCUGUAGUGAUGUAUCAUAAAAACAAUUGAAUAUAUAUACACACAAGCAUUUGUUAUUUUAAUAAAUGCUUAUUCUU